AUGGCAGGAACAGCACCUCUUGACCUGGGGAACCUAUUCUCCGCCAGGGGAUUGGUAGCCCUCGUCACCGGCGGUGGCACUGGAAUUGGCCUGAUGAUGGCCCGCGCCUUGGCCGAGGCCGGUGCGCACCGGGUCUACAUUGUCGGCCGUCGGGUCGAGGUCCUGCAAGCCGCCGCGGCAUCCAUCGGCAAGCCCAGUGUUAUACCGCUCUAUUGCGAUGUGACCUCCAAGGUGAGCCUCGAGUCUGUUCUCUCCGUGGUAGAGACGGAUGUCGGCUACUUGAACCUCCUUGUCUGCAACUCCGGCAUUGGAGGACCGCAGGCGAAGCCGCCCACGCCAGAGACUUCUCUCGAGGCCUGGCGUGAAGCCCAGCUCGCAGUGGACCCCGAGGAGUACACCAAUACCUUCAGGGUGAACUGCACGUCUGUGUGGUAUACGACCAUGGCGUUCUUGAAGCUGCUCGACAAUGGCAACAAGAAGGGCAACGUGGAGCAGCCGAGUCAAGUGGUCGUCACGAGUUCCAUUGCUGGCUUCAACAAGAAGGCGCCGGGAGGAUAUCCAUAUGGCUCCUCGAAGGCGGCGGCAACGCAUAUAGCCAAGCAGCUGUCUCUUGUUCUCCCGACGUGGGGUAUCCGCGCCAACUGCAUUGCUCCAGGAUUAUUCCCGAGUGAGAUGUCCGCCCCGAUCGUCCAAGCAGCAGGUGGUUCUUCUGGCGGAGGCGAAGGCUACAUCCCCUUGGAUACCUCUAUUGUCCCGCUUGGAAGGAUGGGUGACACUCAAGACCUUGCGGGCGCCAUGUUGGCUGGUCGAAUCCCCCGGCUCAUUCUCUACGUCAUUCUGAGCGACUGA